ACCAAAUUCUAACAUGGAUAGUAUUGUUUAUGGAUGUUAUCAGUUAAAGUCACAACAUUAAUACUGUUAAUUCAAAUAAAAUAAAUUUUAUGCUUGUGUGAGAAAUUUUCCCAUCACACUGGAGUCAGAGGAGAUGAUUACAGCUUGUGACACCCAGGAUUUUGUCCCUUUCGGCCGCGAAUACCUUCGCCGACAUCCUGGGCAGUUUCAAAUUAAAAGGAAAAGCAGCUAUCCCAUAACAGAUCAUGGCAUCCCAUUGAUCAAAUCUUUCAAAGAUAUUUGUUUACAUGAGCCAGAUAAAAAGGAGAGCUGGGUGUUUAGACAACAUGAGACCAGUGACAGCUAUGAUGAGGAGCUCUACGUCCAUGGCCCUACUGUCAUUUGGAGUAGAGGUAGCCAAGACAGUAUUAGGACCCUGGUUAAGACCUUUACCAUGGAUUCUCCUGUGUUGCAGGCACUGUGGGGAUCUUUUAUUUUAUCAUCUGAUAAACAGACAGUCGAUUACAGCUCCACAAUGGGGUCAGAAGGGCAAGUGCAGAAAGGUAUCUGUGUUGUGGAGUCUAGCACAUUAAGUUUCUUUAUAGAAGAAGGGGGAGAGUACUCAACACCAUUGCCCUUUCAGGUCUCUCAAACAUGGCUCAUCAAGAAUGGGCUUUUAUUUGAAAGAACACUUACAAACGCUGAGAUGAAGUCACAGAAAAAAAACUGCCCAAGCCAGACUGUCAUAUUUAGCAUGUUGCACCCGCUGGAUGAUAUAGCACCUGUGAUAACCAGAGUGUCAGGUGUAGGUGGCUCACCCAAGAUGUCGUACCUAACAGACAGCAGUAUGACAGUGAUUUUCACAAGUUCCGAACCUUCACUUGCUUUCACGUACGACUGUGUUGCUGGGGUUCACUCUGUGUGGAAGAUUAGAAGAGCUAGACAAGAGGAAAUCAACACGUUGGUUGCAUCCGUGGAUAACACAUCAUUUCUGCACAUGACACCAUACACUGCACGUACAGGUCACAACCUGUCUGCUAGUUUCUCCCAGCAUGCCAAUGCCUCUGGCACCAUGCAGGGUUACAGUAACUCUUCCAGCUUUUCACCAUUGAGAAGUUUUUCUGGGAAAGUUAUGUCCCCUGGGGGGAUUUUGCGCUCAAGCCCCGGUGUAGGAGUGAUGGCAACCAACCGAGCUCAGUCCCCUGGUGUAUCUGGCUCGGUGAAUUCAGCCCUGUACAGGUUUCACACCCCUCCCCUGGCCAGGUCCCCCGGCAGGUUCCUCUUCUCCCCGGGGUCAGGGCACAACGGGUCCUUUGGGGGGAAUGAGAGCUUUUACAUGGACCCAAUGGCAUCCCUGCAGCCUAAUGUGUGCCUGGAGCAGCAGUGGAGUGAAACUAACCAGCCAAUCAGGGAUGGCUCCCUUGGGAAAGCAUCAAAAGCUUUUUUGUCUCAAGAUCUCUGUGGCCAGCAGUACUUGUGUUACAUGGUCCCUUACAAGCAGCAUUUAAGGUGUUUAAAGUUUGAGGAAAGCAAUGACGGAAGCCAGCUGAUCUUUGGUUCACUGACACUUCUCCCUGCCAAAGAUGCCACUUCAAUUGAAGGUCAAAAUAUGAUUUUAAUUCUUGAGAUAUCUGGUGUUCUUGUCUUAUAUACUGGUACAACUAAGAUAAGCCAGGUUCACAUCCCCAUCUUUUCACUGGGCUCAGGGUCCAUUAGCAUGGUGCGUUCUUCAACCACUCCCUUUGCUAGCCCAGUCAGGGGGGAGGUCUUCACCAGCAGCCGGCCCCCUUCAGCCAUGGAUGUGAGGUUUGAGGAUGAGAGAUACAAACCUUCUCAGAUGAAUCACAUCUCACCUGUGUCUGCUAAUCUGGAAGAUUCCAGCAGCCAGUUAGACUUCUCUAUGGGUGGACUGGCAAUGGUCACUCCAGGCAGCUGCUUCAUCCAGAAUCUCAGAGACAACAUUGGCUCCAAGUUUACUGCUGAACUUCUGAAUGGAAGUUUUUGUAGAACAGAGUUACCUCCCAUGACAACCUCACCAGGAAUCGACCUUUGCCUGAAAGCCUUGAAGCACCUGCUGCCCAAGGAUAUUGCCCUGCAGGUACUGGGGCGCUGGUACACUGUACGCAACUCCCCUGGGGGCGUGGGCAACGUCUCGGAAUGGUCAAUGUUUAACAAGUGCAUUCUGGGAAUGAUGGGAUAUGACACUGGCAAGCUGGGACUAACAACUAAAGGAGAGCGUGAUGGCUCCUCUUCUCCUGUGAUGCAUACCAAAAAGGCCAAACCUUCUGACCAAGGGUUAGAUGAUGACUGGGACUACCUGUUGAUCUCUGACCACCACCUGCUGUCCAGCACGUCCCAUCACACCCUGGGUAUCACAGGGUCCGCCACCUUCAAUGAAAACUGGCAGCCGUCGCGUCCCUGUGCCAUCAACAGUUCCGCACUGCUCUUCCCGUUUUGUCCUGCCAUUUUAAUUGCAUUACACUUAGUCUACGAGGAAAUGAAACUCAAUAUACUUUUGAAAGAAGAGUUGCAGGACUUUGCUCCACUGGUCCAUCAAAUAGCCUGUGAUCUACAUUGUACCAGCUAUGCUGAUUGUUACCAAAGAGAUUUUCCAAAGUUGUUUGAGCAGAUAGAUGACAUAAGUCAAGUUACAAAUGAUGAUUUGAGCAAAAUGCAGUAUCCUCAAAUCUUUCCUAAAGAAGCUCCCACUGUGCUAGGGUGGAUAACUCAAGCCUUGGGUUCAGGGCCACAACCUAAACCCAUGCCUUAUCUCCCUUUAUGUGAAAACAUAAAGAAAGUCAUAUCAGUGUAUUCUGUGUUGGUUAAUGAAGGUCUCCCCGCAGAAAUUUCUGUAGAGAAAUGUCUAAAGAAGGUCGCCCCUGCAGGCCAUAGGGCACCCACUGCAGACACUUCACUGUCCUUCUCCUUGUCCAAAAGUUUCCGCAUGUCCCUGGCAUCAUCGCAGGCUGAGAAACUGGUCCUUACCAUGACGGAGCUUGACCUGACCCAGAGAGAUAUUGACUGCCUGCCUGUGGGUAUCAGUGUCCCCAUGAGGGAGGCGUGUCUUAUAUGUAGGUCCCAGCCUCCAUCUGACUGGCCACAAAGCGCCUAUAUCCUGAUUGGUCGUCAAGAUCUUUCAGAGUUAGCUUCCUUGAAAGUAGCAGCCACAGGGGUUAAACAUCCAGAGUCGACGCCCAGGGAAAGAGAGGAUGUUGAAAAAGAAGAUGAAGAUGGCAUGGAACAUCUAGACGAUGAGGUUUUGAAGCUUAGGUUCCCUAAGGACCUGCGUCUGCAGGAAGUCAGGCGCCUGCUGCAGUCAGCUCGACCUGUGACUAUAGCCAUCAAGCAGAGGCCAGAGGUCAACGACCAUGACUUCAUUGAGGAGCAAGAAAAAGCUUUACUGGCAACUUGUGUUAGAACUAUGGCUCUGCCAGUGGGAAGGGGCAUAUUCACACUCCACACCUGCAGACCUCUGCUGACUGAAACACUUCCCAUACCGAAGCUGUGUCUGACUGGCAGGUCUCCCCCCAGAAACACAACAGUUGACCUGACCCGCAUCGAGGUGCCAACAAACAUGUCAGUGUGGCCGCUGUUCCACAACGGAGUGGCCGCUGGCCUCAGGAUUGCUGACUCCACCCAAGUGGAAUCUGCGUGGAUCAUUUACAACAAGCCUAAAGAACUGACCAAUGAGUUUGCUGGGUUUCUUAUGGCCCUUGGGCUGAACGGCCACCUGCCUAAUCUGUGCACGUUCAACAUACACGAAUAUAUUAGCGAAGGGAGUGAACUUGUCACAAUAGGAAUCCUUUUAGGGAUGUCUGCAGCAAAGCGUGGCACCAUGGACCAGAUAGUCACAAAAGCCCUGAGUGUUCACGUCUCCGCCCUCCUCCCUCCCACCUCCAUGGAGCUCAACAUCGCUCACAACACCCGCGUGGCCGCCAUCUUGGGGGUGGGGCUGCUGUACCAGGGGACUGGUCACCUGCAUAUGGCUGAAGUGAUGCUCUCUGAGAUUGGUCGACCUCCAGGACCUGAGAUGGAGAACUGUGUAGACAGGGACUCGUAUGCUUUGUCUGCUGGACUUUCCCUUGGUCUCAUCAUGUUUGGGAAAGGCAAUCAGACAAUGGGUUUAUCUGACUUGAGCAUGGCAGACUUGCUGUGUCAUCUCAUGGUGGGCGGACACACUAAACAAAUGCAAUGGCUCAACAGGGACAGACUUUACAAGGCACCAAGUUUUCUCAUCAAAGAGGGAGAUAGAGUGAAUGUUGAUGUUACCUCCCCUGGUGCUACUCUGGCCCUUGGUAUGAUCUUCUUCAACACACAAAACAGCGCUGUAUCAGAAUGGCUGAAGGCACCAGACACCCAGUUUAUGUUGGACCAAGUCCGACCAGAUUUUCUCUGUCUGAGGAUAAUAAGCUAUGGACUUGUCAACUGGGAUACCAUCUUACCCACCACAGCUUGGCUAACUAGCAACAUUCCUGAGAUAGUGAAAAAGUAUGCAUUUUUUAAAACAAGACCAAAUGACGAGACUGAAUUGGAUUCUUCCAUUGAUCUGCAGACCAUGAGCCAAGCCCACUGUAACAUCACAAGUGGGGCCUGUCUAGUGCUGGCUCUCAAGUUUGCUGGCUCAGCUAAUAAAGAGGCAUUCAAGACAUUGCUAGACAGCCUGGGCUCCUCUAUGAAAAUGUUGGGUGACCAGACACUGCUGGACCAGGCCGGACGCUCCACUGUGGAGAACUGCAUCAGCAUCAAGCUCCUCUCCCUGGCUAUUGUGAUGGCUGGCACUGGUGACCUUGUGACCCUAAGAAUAUGCCGGGCUCUACGUCGUCGCGUGGGCUCACAGUACCACCAAUUCACGUAUGGCAACCACAUGUGUACGGCCAUGGCCACUGGCCUGCUCUUCCUGGGUGGGGGAAAGUUUACAUUAAAGACAACACCAGAAGCAGUGGGAGCCAUGUUGUGUGCCUUCUACCCACAAUUCCCUCUCUCCAGUACUGACAACAGGUACCACCUGCAGGCAUUCCGCCACCUGUACGUCCUGGCCUGCGAGCCUCGUCUGGUCAUUCCCAGAGAUGUGGACACUGGCAGGUUUUGUUUUGUGCCGCUACGCAUCAAGUUCAAGGGUUGCCAGUCCUACAAGCCAGUUUCAUUUAACGCAGGUGCUCCGUACAUAGUUCCAGAGCUCAAUAAGUUGGAGGAGAUCCAAGUGUUGGGUGCCAGGUACUGGCCUAUAACCUUUAGAGAAGACAAAAACUGGGAUACACUCAAGCUGCUGCUUCAGAAGGGUGGCAUUCUAUGUGUAAAGCAACGAGCGGGACAUUUGUCCUACACUGAGGAUCCUAAAGGUUACAGAAGUGCAUUGGCUAAAUCACUGAUAGCAGAUAACUCUUGUCAUUUUUCUAGCCAGCCUUCUGUCAUCAAGUCUUUCACAUCUGAUGCCAAGAUCACAGCACUGGCAGAGUUUUUCUUACAACAGGACAGCUCGAACAACAGCAUGAUGCAGGCCCUGUCCUCUGUGAUCUACCAGUGUGUGACUCAGGAGAAAGCGGAAGCCAUUUGUCCACAUUUUAUCCUAAAACAUCUGAGUCAGCAGUUUGCUGCCUCCACCAGCACAUUUGGCCUGCAACAGCUGAAGCUGGUGAUGAGCUACUACCUGAGCCAGCACCAGCUGGUCAGCUCUGCCCCGGAGAGGCUGGUACAGACAGAGUUCCUGCUGACACUCCGGUGCCAGAUAGAGAGGCUGCUGGAUCAGUGGCUGACAGACAACAAGGACUGUAUGUUGAACUACCUGCGGGGUGAACUACUGCAACACCACCCCACGGGCUACCUGGCCCAGUACCUGGUGUGGUUUUCCUUCCCCAGCAAGUUGGACAUUUUUGAUGCCGGCUACACCACCUGCCCUCCUAUUCCUGUGUUGGCCGGACUGUUGCCUCACCUACACAUGGCUGGUUUAAAGAGGCUCCACAGCUUCCUCACAUCCAGAUGACAGUACACAACAUCCAGAUGACCAGGCCAAAUUCACGAUACAGUACCAGAUGACCUUCACCUCCACCAUGACAUGCCCUAUACCACAGGCCAGCAGCUCUGUGAAUAGAUACCAGGUCACCUUGACCACAAUGUAAAUACCCAGAUCCCACUAGCUACCUUCAAGUUUGAUAUACUCAUGUGCGCUUAGAUAAUCAUCUGACAUCAUAAACCCUAUUUGUUUCUGUUUAAAUUUAUUUAUCUGAUUUUAGUUUUAAUUAGUUCAUGUUUUUAUGAUCAAUUUAAAAUAUGCUGUUUAUGUCAACUGUUUAACUUGUUACUGUAAAUUUAAUUAAUUACUCUGUGAAGUAAUGCUGGUAGAAUUUUGUUGAGGUCAUUUGUUGGCCAUUUCAGUCAUUUGUUGGCCAUUCACAUCAUUUGUGGGCCAUUGAACAAAUUGUAAAUAAUUUUUUUCUUUAACAUAUGCAACAAUUGAAUAUGUGAUGUGUGAAGUUUGAUGGCAAAUUGAGAUGGUUUUUGUGUGGGAAGUUGUGUGUGAGAUGUUUGUGUGUGUGAGGUUGUGUAUGAGAUUUUUUUGUGUGGGAAGUUUUGUGUGAGAUGUUUGUGUGUGGGAUGUUUUUGUAUGAAAAGUUUUGCGUGUUUGGUAAACAAUCUGAUGACUGCGAGGUGUUAAAUAUUUCAGUAAACAAAUGGGAACAGCUGUCUGAUGCUGUUUUGGUGUGAGGUGUGAGGUAGUGUGAGUUGGUCUGACAUUCGAACUCAAUG